GAGAUAGUGUUUUGUUUAUUUGUACGAUCGUUUGAUUACAACCCGUUGACUUCAGAAUUGGUGUGAUACCAUCGCACGACGAGAACUCUAGUCAUCGGUUUUGCUUUUUUACGUUUAAUUUUUUUGUAAAAAAUAAUAAUAACAAUAUACAAUUAUCGCUUUCGUCGACCGCCACCGUUCCGCUAAACUAUAUUGGCAGCAGAAACGAUAUCCGUGUUUCUCACAGUAACUAUCUACCUACCGCGCCGUAUUGUUUCUAUCUCACUUUUUGUCGAAGUCGUAUCGUUAACCGCCAAUUCGUUCGCUCGUCCGUUUUUAGCCUCAAUGAGUGUAAUGUGCGCUACGUGACAGGAACAAUGAACGGCCGUCCAUCAUACUAUCAUAGCCAUUCGCCAUUCUCCAACAAUUCGCUUGCCAUCUGCAAGGAAAUUCAACGGUUCGAGAGUGUUCACCCGUCGAUCUACGCUAUUUAUGACCUCAUCGAGCUCAUACCAGAUCCGAUUGUCGCUCAACAAGUCAGGGACCACGUCGUGUGCAUUGAAGAUUCGUUUGUAAACAGCCAAGAAUGGACGUUGUCGCGAUCAGUACCAGACCUGCGGUUGGGCAUUGUUGGUUCACUGUCGUCUGGCAAAUCGGCACUAGUUCACAGAUACCUGACAGGAUCGUAUAUGCAAGAAGAGAGUCCAGAAGGAGGUCGGUUUAAGAAAGAGAUAUCCGUGGACGGUCACAGUCAUUUAUUGUUGAUCAGAGAUGAGGGUGGUUCUCCAGAGUCACAGUUUACUGCCUGGGUAGACGCUGUGAUAUUUGUGUUUAGUCUGGAGAACGAAGCAAGCUUCAACGCUGUGUACGGAUACUAUACGAAAAUGGCGCACUACCGAAACUCGGCUGAAAUACCUCUCAUCUUGGUAGGCACACAGGACGCCAUUAGUGAAACAAACCCUCGAGUAAUAGACGACACAAGAGCCAGGAAGUUGGCGGCGGACCUGAAAAGAUGUUCGUAUUAUGAAACGUGCGCCACGUAUGGUUUAAAUGUGGAUCGCGUGUUCCAAGACGCUUGUCAAAAAAUCAUCCAGCAAAGGCUAUCCGCGUCUACUAAUUGUCUGUCAGACUCUCGGUGUUCAACACCCGCUUCUUCGUCGACCACCACCCCAGUUGGUGGUAUGCAAUCUGCUUCCUACGCAGGUAACCAACUUCAACAUCACCAACUCUAUCAACACAUGCAAUCUUCGGCCACCAGUUCGCGGACGUUCUCGCAGACGGCUUCCUCAUCGCCGUCGCCACCAGUACACGGUGCCGGUGGCGCGUCACCCUCCCAUCACGGCAGCAGUGGCGUAGUCAGUGCGUUCAAGGAGUCAGUCCUCCGGUCAAACUUGUCGCUGAACCGACAACCACUCGAGCUGUCCAUUGCCCUGGACAAUAACAAUGUAUCGACGAAAACCGCGUUUGACGGCGGUGGAGGUAGCAGUGGCGUCGGUGGAAGCAUUGGCGCUGCCAUCGGGCUAUCAGUGCCCUGCAAGGACUUGCCCACACCUAGUUCUACGCCUACAACCACCAGGAAGACCCGGAGGCGGUCCAACUUGUUCAACCCGUCCAAAAAAGACGACAAGAAUCGGUGUCUAGCCACCGGCGAGCUAGGCAGUGGCCGAGCUAUUCCUCUCAAACAGGGUUACUUGUACAAACGCAGUAGUAAAGGUCUCAACAAGGAAUGGAAGAAGAAAUACGUCACACUUUGUGAUGACGGGCGGCUAACGUAUCAUCCUAGUCUGCAUGACUAUAUGGAGGACGUGCAUGGUAAAGAGAUAUCGUUGCAGUACGUUACGGUCAAGGUGCCCGGCCAAAAACCCAGGGGAUCGAAAACCAUCAUGUCGCUUUCGUCUUCGUCAACGUCGGCCAACCACCAUCAUAGCAGCAAUGGCAUAUCCGAAAAUAUGUCAAAUAUAUCAAUAUCGAAUUUCCAGUCAAAAGACAAACGAACGGCCGAUAAAGUGAUGCUCACUGCAUUUGAACUGCUAAAAGAGCCCAGCUAUAAGAAUGGUGUUUCAGUUAACGGUGAUGAUUCAACAAUUAGUAUGUCGAACACUUCAUUGUCGACCAACAACGGCGAUCUCAAAGCCGAAACACCUAACGUGAAAAAGAGACACAGGCGGAUGAAAAGCAGUAACAUAAAGAACCAAGAGUGCGAAGACACUGACGGAUACGAAUUCCUAAUCGUAUCGUUGGACAAUAAACAGUGGCAAUUUGAAGCUAACAGCUCGGAGGACCGUGACGAAUGGGUGGCUGCUAUCGAACAGCAGAUUCUCAACUCGUUACAAAGCAAUGAGAUUAACAAAGUUAAUGUUGGUGGUAAAUUUGGUUCGUCUUAUAACCGAGCAGAAGACGUGCAAAGCAUCCGGACGCGAGUACCUGGAAACGGGCAGUGUGCUGAUUGCAAUUCCCCGAAUCCUGAUUGGGCCAGUUUAAAUCUGGGAAUACUCAUGUGCAUCGAGUGUUCUGGCAUACACCGCAACCUGGGAUCGCACAUAUCCAAAGUCCGAUCACUCGACUUGGAUGGAUGGCCACCAUCCCACCUUAAGGUAAUGAUGGCAAUGGGUAACGAUCUAGCAAAUUCCGUAUGGGAAUCCAACGUUCGUCCUGAUCGAACCAAACCCAAUCCUGGUUCGAGCCGGGAGGAGAAAGAAUUAUGGAUACGUAGCAAAUAUGAAACCAAAGAGUUCCUACCAGCGAUAAGUCAUACGCCCAACUUAUCGCAGCAGCUCAUCGACGCCGUGUACAGGUGUGAUAUGAAAGCUCUCACGUUGAUAUUGGCUCAUGCCAGUGCUGACCAGGUAAAUUGUGUCGUCAGCCACCGAGACUUGCGCACGCCGUUACACCUAGCCUGUUCUGCGAUCAACCUUCCUAUAGCGCAGCUACUCUUAUGGUACAAAGCAAACGCCAAAGCCGUGGACCACGAGGGCCGAACGUGUCUGCAACAUGUGCGAACGGCUUGUCGGGGCGCCGCCGGUGCCGCAUCCGUCCAAGACGUCGGUCCACUGACAGACUUGCUCGUGCAAAACGGUUGCCCCGAAAACGGCACCAGCACGCUGACUAGACCAUUGGACAUACUUCCGUCCAGCGUCAUCUGAUCAUCGACUUGACACAUCACCAGCGGCACAGUUAUCGCAUAUAUUCGGAUGUCGAACGAAGAGACGACAUUCCGUUUGGCGUACGAGCAAAACAAUAUAAUAAUUAUUAAUGAAUAAUACCGCGCUGUGAUAGCUUUACAUAUUUAUAAAUAUAUAAUGUUAU